AUGAGUAAUAUUACAGUGAUUACUACUACAUUUGGUACUGUAGAUGAUCAAAUUCGAUUAACAAUUCUGUUUAAUGUUUUAAUUAAAACUUUUUCACAAUGCUUGGAUGGUUUUGCAUGGAUUAUUGGAAAUAUUGGAGCAAUUUGUACUUGUAUUGUGUUUCAUCAAGCGAUAUUUCGUAAAAGUCCUUGUGCUAUGUAUGUUACAGCUUCAAAUUUUUCACAAUUAUUCAUUUUUAAUUUUGCAACUUUUAUUCGAAUGAUUCAGUAUGGUUAUGGUGUUUUGAUUAAUUCUCUUCCUGCAUGGUUUUGUAGAAUUCGUUUUUAUAUUUAUUAUGUUUCAAUGGCUAAUGCUCGAUAUAACAUAAUUUUUGCAUCGGCGGAUCGUUAUUUUUCGAGUUCUCAAAGCAUUAAUCUUCGUCAAUGGAGUUCAUCAAAAGUUGCUCUUCGCCUUAUUAUUAUUGAUGCUAUCAUUUGGAUUCUCUUCUACAUUCAAGUUCUCGUCAUGUAUGAUGUUCAAAGUAAUAAAUGUCGAAUUCAUUCAACAAGCUUUUUCACCUAUUUUAAUUAUUUUAUUACAUUUGAAAAUGGUUUACUUCCAAUAAUUCCAAUGUCAAUCUUUGGAUUACUCACUAUUCGUAAUAUUCAUCAAAGUAAACGACGUAUAAGAACAACAGAAUCAAUUAAUGGAAGUGAAAAUGGUAACAUCACUCUUGUAUUAAGAAAAGAAACACAAUUACAUAAGAUGUUGAUUAAUCAAGUCAUUGUCUAUUUAAUUUUCAAUAUUCCUCUGCCAGUAUACGGUAUUUAUCGAUCAUAUAUUAGUAUUAGUACAUUAUCAAGAUGGCGUGCUGUGAUGGAUACAUUUAUGAAUAAUUUAUUCUAUGAUAUGAUUUAUCUUGGUUAUGCUUUAACAUUUCCAAUUUUUAUAUUAACAUCAGAUAUAUUUCGACGAGAAUUGAAAAAGAUUAUUAAAAAAAAAUUAGUUUAUCCAUGUCAACGAAUCAUCACACGUACAAAUUGA